GGGUGGGACAUCACCUCCCUCCUCCCUGCAUCCCUCAGGGCUCCUGCACUGGGGUCUGGCAGCUGUGGGGCUGAGCACACACCCCAAAGUCCUCCCUGUGGCCCCAGGAAACAGUGGGAGCUGGAGCCCGCAGGCAAACAGAUUGUCUUCCUUUUAUAUCUGUUUUCUUUUUAAUUUUUUUUCCUCUCCUCUUUCUUCCCUUUUCCCGAACACAGAGGAGUGUUUUCACCCUUCCCCACUUCCCCUUUUGUUCCAGCGUUAAUUUGCUUUCCCUCUUCAGAUUUAUCAAUCCAGUCAUCGCGGGCUUUCUGCCAGGGAAAUUAGUUUGGACCUAUGCCUGACAAAGUGGCAAGUCAACUGCCAUCCUCCUCCAGCUGGCUCAGCCCCUCUGCCUUUGCUCCUUUUGUUAGCAGGGGAACCUGGCAGAGCCCUCCAACACGGCCCCACGUGCUCCCCUAACCCCAGUGGGGCUGAGGAUUGUCCCCAUGGGGUGAUGAGGGAUGGGUGCUGUGGGUCAGCCCCUGGCUCUGUGUGUGAUCGUGGGGUACCUGGAGCUGAUGGGGGGGUUGGGGUGGAGGUGGGAGGUGUGUGGGUUUCUGCCUUUCCGUGGGGAGGAAACACUGGGUGCUGUGCAGCACUGCUGGGAUGGGGUGCAGAACCACGGGGCUGAUUCCCACCUCCUCUUCCAGGCAGAGAUUGUCAAGAGGCUGAGUGCCAUCUGUGCCCAGAUUGUGCCUUUCCUGACGCAGGAGCACCAGCAGCAGGUCCUGCAGGCGGUGGAGCGGGCCAAGCAGGUCACCAUGGGAGAGCUCAACAGCAUCGUUGGGCAGCAGCAGCUGCAGCACCUCUCCCAUCAGCCCCCCCAGCUGCCACUGACCCCCCACCCCUCUGGUGUGCACAGCCUGCCCGGGGGGGCCGCGGGGCUGCUGGCCCUGUCGGGGGCACUGAUGGCACAGUCACAGCUGGCAGCCAAGGAGGAGAAAGCAGCGCAGGAGAGCAGAGAGCGCAGCCCCAGCCGGAGCGUGUCAGCAUCUCCAGAGAGCCCUCCUGGGGAGGAGAUGGGGCUGAAGCGGAGCCAGGAGGAAAAGGAGCUGCCUGGCCGCUAUGACAGCGAUGGGGACAAGAGUGACUACAACCUGGUGGUGGAUGAGGACCCCCCCUCGGAGCCCGGCAGCCCUGGCAGCCACCCCCCCCCAGCCCAGGAUGUCCCUGAGAGCCCAGCCUCCAGCCGGAGCACCACGCCGUGCCGACGGAAGGAGCCGGGGCUGCCGCCCCCCCCCAUGGCCGUGUCCUCCUCAUCCCCCCCACCCCGUGAUGCCCUCACACCCGGUGUGGGGCCCAGCUCAGCCACCCUUCCCCGGCAGCCUGCAGCCAAGGACCCCCCCGCUCUCCGCAGCCCCUCUGUCAGCAUCUCCAGCCCCUUCACCUCCCUGGGCCUGCUGCCCCACACCUCCCUCAACGGAGAGCUGCCAUCCUCCGCUGUGUACGUGGGCCUGCAGCUCCCAGCCCAGCUCAGCAGCGCCGUGUAUGGGCGCUCAGCCAUGGUGGCUUUCGAGUCGCACCCUCACCUGAGAGCCUCCACACUGCCAUCAUCCCUCCCCAGCACCCCCGUGGGGAAACCCGCCUACUCCUUCCACGUCAGCGCCGACGGGCAGAUGCAGCCGGUGCCGUUCCCCCCCGACGCCCUCCUGGGCUCCGGCAUCCCCCGGCACGCGCGGCAGCUGCACAGCCUGGCCCACGGCGAGGUGGUCUGCGCCGUCACCAUCAGCAACUCCACGCGCCACGUCUACACCGGGGGCAAAGGCUGCGUCAAGGUGUGGGACGUGGGGCAGCCGGGCACCAAGACGGCCGUGGCCCAGCUGGACUGCUUGAACCGCGACAACUACAUCCGCUCCUGCAAGCUGCUCCCCGACGGCCGCAGCCUGAUCGUGGGGGGGGAGGCCAGCACCCUGUCCAUCUGGGACCUGGCGGCCCCCACGCCCCGCAUCAAGGCCGAGCUCACCUCCUCCGCCCCCGCCUGCUACGCCCUGGCCAUCAGCCCCGACGCCAAAGUCUGCUUCUCCUGCUGCAGCGACGGCAACAUCGUGGUGUGGGACCUGCAGAACCAGACCAUGGUGAGGCAGUUCCAAGGCCACACGGAUGGAGCCAGCUGCAUCGACAUCUCCAACUACGGCACCAAGCUGUGGACGGGGGGGCUGGACAACACGGUGCGCUGCUGGGACCUGCGGGAGGGGCGGCAGCUGCAGCAGCACGACUUCAGCUCCCAGAUCUUCUCCCUGGGGCACUGCCCGACGGGCGAGUGGCUGGCGGUGGGCAUGGAGAGCAGCAACGUGGAGAUCCUGCACGUCACCAAGCCCGACAAAUACCAGCUGCACCUCCACGAGAGCUGCGUCCUCUCCCUCAAGUUCGCCGCCUGCGGGAAGUGGUUUGUGAGCACGGGGAAGGACAACCUGCUCAACGCCUGGCGCACGCCCUACGGAGCCAGCAUCUUCCAGUCCAAAGAAUCAUCUUCGGUGCUGAGCUGUGACAUCUCCAUCAAUGACAAAUUCAUUGUGACUGGCUCUGGUGACAAGAAGGCCACGGUGUAUGAGGUGGUGUACUGAGCUCCCCCCUGUCUCUGUUGCUCAGAUAUUGGAGGCUGAGCCCCCCAAACCCCCAGCACUGCUGCAGCCAGCCCAGCCCUCCUGCUCUUUGAGCUGCUUCCUCCUGGUUCUCUUCCUGCAAGCUGGGGAGCAGGUGACACUUUGUGCCCCCCCUUCCUUUCCUGCUGCUUGACGGAGGGGGGGCUGGUUGGGGUGAGGGAUGCAGGAUCCCCUCCGUGCAGGGGGAUGCAGGGCAGGGGGUGGUCAGUCUGUCUGUCUGUCUGUGGUAGGGAAAGGGGACACAGCCAUGAGAGGCAGGAAGCUCAGAGCCUGGUGUUGGCCCCUCCCUCCCCCCCCCCCAUUUACUGCUACUGAUUCAAUGGCACCAAUUUUCUGCUGCAGCCCCAGCUGUGAAUUAUCAGUAAAGAGAUGUAUUUAAUGGCGUUUUCAAAUCCUUACUAAUAAAAAAAAAAAAAAA